AUAAUACCUGUGAGCUGGUUUCGCUCACGGCGUACUCUUAGUUGUGCCUAGAGCUAUCUUAGGAAAUUCGCCUUCACAGGGACGACCAGCCCUGGCAACUAGGGGCGGGAAACCACUGCUUUUUUUUUGUAUUGUCUUGCUUUACAAUGCAGGCGGACGAAGUAGAGCGAUGGAAGCAGAGGAUUCGAAACUCGAGCAUUGGCGUUUUGAAGGACAUUCACAAGCUUUUGACGUACAGCGUGGAUAAGGAUACUGAGAAAAUGUCUGCGAUUUACAAGAGUAUUGUGGUCGACGUGAACGAGUUGAUUGCCGCGGUGAAGAGGCAGCUGAACAGCGCGACGGGGACCGGGAGAAAGGCGCUGAGAGAGAUUGAGGAGAGCGAGCGUAGGAUAACGUCGAUAGUUAGGUCUUCGAUGGCGCUCGUGAGCUCGUCGAACUACCAGGCGCGACAGGAAUUGCGGAAUCAGUUCAAGGCGUUGGCGAAUGGGAUAAAGGACAUCAACCAGUUCGUGGAGGGUUUGAAGCUGAGCGAUAUCGCGCCGAUAGAGAGUGAGUUGGGAAGGCCGAACGAGGACCUGAAGAGUUUGGCCGAGUCGACGACAGAGGCCAUAAACGCACUGCAGCAGUUGGAGAAGGCGGUGAAAACGAGGAACCAGGAGUUGUUGGUCAGUUACGCGAAGGUCCUGUCGAUCAAGUGCGGGGAGUUGCUGACGGUGGCGUGCAGACAGAACCUGACUAACAUUUGUAGGCGAACACGGUGAAGAGUUUGGUGCUGCAGGUGAUAUCGAACGCGAAGUUGUCGUUCCAGAGCGACCAGGUGGGCGACGUGAACGUGGAGAGCAUGACGAACGUGAGCAUACAGAGGACCAUAGAGGCGCUCAACAGGCUGUUGAGCGAGUUUGAGAGCGGGAGUGGAGCGGCAACGGUGGAGAAGCAGGAGGCGCCGUUGCCGAGGAGGGGGGUCGUCCUCUGGGAUGGGGAUUGAGGCGCAGGACUCGAUAGGAGAGGUCUUGGCGAAGGUGGGGGGGACUGGGGAGAAGUCGAUCGAGGAGAGCCAGACCAGGGACGAAAGCAUUAAGCAGCUUGAGAGAGAGUUUGCGUCGAGGGACCCCGAGAAGGUGUUUAAGAUACAGGGGGAGUUGGGGAAGGAGACGGGUAGUCACGUGUACAGGGCCAUUCACAGAGAGACGAAGAAGGUGGUGGCGAUAAAGAAGAUGACAGUGGCGGGGGCGAACAUAGUAACAACGUUGAAGGAGAUUUACACAAUGAAGGAGUUGAAGAGCGAGUAUACGUUGAAGUAUUACGGGUGUUAUCAUAAGAACAACUGCAUUUGGGUGGUGAUGCAGUAUUGUGAUGGGGGGUCCGUGCAGGACAUUAUUGACGCGAGGGAGAACGAGGACAUUUGCUUCACGGAGCGCCAGAUAGCGGAGAUCGUGACGCAGGUACUGAAGGCGUUGGAAUACUUGCACAGUUUGAAGAAGAUCCACAGAGACGUCAAGGCGGCGAACAUUUUGCUGAGUUCUGACGGAACGGUCAAAUUGACCGAUUUCAGUCUCUCCGCUCAGCAGAUCGGCGAUGAAAAGCGCACCACGACCAUCGGCAGCUGCUACUGGAUGGCCCCGGAGACGCUCAUGGGUAGCGGGUAUGACUCCAAAGCCGACAUCUGGUCCCUGGGCAUCACGGUCCUCGAAAUGGCAGAAGGCAUCCCUCCCCUCAUCGAGGAAAAGCCCCACAGGGCCGUCUUCAGAAUCGUCAACGAUCCGCCUCCAAAGCUCUACUGUCCCAGCGCCUGGUCAAACGAGUUCAACGACUUCAUCUCUCGCUGCCUAGUCAAAAACCCCGAAUACCGCCCCACGUCCACCGAACUCCUCAAACACCCCUUCGUCGUCAACGCCAAAAACGGCCGACAAUCCAUCAUCGAACUCGUCCAAUGCAACCAAAAGGGCCUCAAGAAGGAGAAAGGCCUUCACGUCGAAGAAGAAGUCGAACUCUCUAUCUGGAUCAACGACGUCGAAAAGAAACUCGUCAUUCCCAGCCACGCCACCUCCGAAGACGUCUGUCGCCAACUCUCCACCUCCCACGACCUCGACCAAAACUCCUGCCAGCUCUGGGUCGUCAUCAAAGACCUCAACAAAACCAAGGAAAAAAAACUCGGCCCAUACGAGCGUCCCGCCAAAGUCUCCUCCGACCUCAGGAAAAAACUCAAACUCGAAAAAAAAGGACCCAGCAGCAACCGCGCGUCCUAUCGCUUCGUCCUCAAGGAAGGAAACCGCAUAAAAACAAAAAAAUGACAAAAAAAAACUUUUUAUACCCAUCGCACGUUUUUCUCGCCUCACUCCUACUCCGCGCGUGCGCCAGCCUCCCUUGUCUCCACGUCGCCCUGCAAAAAAAAGGCCCCUCUCCGUCCCGCCCCGCCCCCAUAAAAAAAUCCACUUGUGUCAAAACGAAAAACCUUCGCAACUGUUACACCUUUCAGU